GAAAAAACGAAGCGCACAAAUAUGGCAGACUAAAUAUCAUCGGUUUUUGUCUGGCAGGGAAAUGGACUGCAACCUGUUUGUUUUGUUGAUUUUUGGAUUGUCAGUUUACUGUACGGAGGCUCGGUACCAUGGAAAACGUGAUCACACUGCUCAUACGGCUCAUUCAAAACAGCCCAAGAAAAAGCAGUUAUCACAGAGUAAAACGACACAUGAACACUACCACUCUGCUUUGCACAAGAAAGAGGAAAUGCUUGGCCAAGACUCCAUGAGAAUCAAUGAGGAGGAAUUCAAGCUACAAAGCCUCGUCAGCCCUGAAUUUCACCAAGGUAGCAGAGCACUAAAACAAGGAAAAGCGUUUGGUAACAUGGAAGUCAAUACUCUUUCUCCCGAGCAAGUAGAUUUUAUGCAGUCGACCUCACAGUGGCCAAAAUUCUAUGAUCCAGCUAAGGGUAAAACCCUAAGUAGGACUAUCUAUCCCGAGGAUCCCGUAUUGUUCCCUCAAGAGAGGCAGAAUACUAAUACUAAUUAUAAUGGCAAUAGCAAUUGGAUGAUUGGUAACGAUGGGUUUAAGCAAGCAAUGUCGCCAUACUCAGAUGCUACGUCUAUCAGUUCCAUGUUAUCAAUGCCCACCGGCUCAUCAUCUMUUGGCAACGGAAAUGAAGUGUUCCAACGAUCACAGGAUAAGUCAAACGACAUGAUGUUCGAGGAGAGACCAAGAUACAAGAUGAAUGACAAGAUGCCUAUCUCUGACUUCGAGUUCAAUGAUGAUAUAAAUAAAAUGUCAAUGAAUGCUAAGAACAUGAUGGGAUUUGGUGGUCCCUCCAAGUACACGAUAUCUUCCUUUCUUGGUGGUGGUGGUCUGGUGAAAGGACAUGGAAAACCAAUUGGUAUUUUGGGGAAUAUCUUAAAGGCAUCGCAAGCUAUGCCAACAGGGAGGAUAGUCAAGCCRUCUUCAAGAUCACAGACCAACUGGUUUAAYGAUGGUCCAUUUUCACGGCGCCAGAAUCUGGAAAGGUCCAUGUACAUUGCUCCUGCUGCGGCGAAACCCGAGUCUACUAGUUACAAGCACACWAUCAAGCAUAUUUCAAAAGUCAAUCAGAAAACGAUGAAGAAAAGUUUAUCGAAGAAAUCAAAGCUUUAGUAGAACCGGCACAUAUUGUAUAUGCCAACUGAACACAGCUCAAGCGGUUCUUGCUGUAAUCUGUUAUAGUAUGGACAGCGUAAAUACCACCUGGUUGUAGGAAAAACAUGGCUCUAUUCAAAUGACUGCAUGGGUCUUCCAAGAGCGUAUGAUGAGUAAAGUGUCACGAUCAAUCCAUGCCAUUAUUCCUAAACUUAACAAGUGUUUAACAAUUGAUCUAAUUCUCUAACGCUCGGGAAAAGGCAAUAGUGCUUUUUGCCAUGCAGGACAUAAUUAUGUAUCAUCCAUUUGUCAGUUUAGAUU